ACUCCUUUCUGAUGGAGGAAACCCAGGGCAGAGGGGGUGAACAGCUGGUGUGAUGACAGGCAGAAACUGAAGAACAUUUUGAGCUUUCUCUUCCUACGCAGAUUUUUUCCUCUAGCUGAGCAACAGACACACUGAGAAACAUGCCUGAGCAAAGCAAUGAUUACAGGGUUGUUGUGUUUGGAGCUGGAAGCGUGGGUAAAAGUUCUUUGGUCUUGAGAUUUGUGAAGGGCACUUUCAGAGAGAGCUACAUCCCUACCAUUGAAGACACCUAUCGACAGGUGAUCAGCUGUGAUAAGAGUAUAUGUACUUUGCAGAUAACUGACACUACAGGGAGCCAUCAAUUUCCAGCCAUGCAACAUCUUUCUAUUUCUAAAGGACAUGCUUUCAUUUUGGUUUACUCCAUAACCAGCCAACAGUCCUUGGAAGAACUCAAACCCAUCUAUGAACAAAUAUGUCAGAUUAAAGGAGAUGUAGGAAGCAUUCCAAUAAUGCUGGUAGGGAACAAAAAUGAUGAAAACCAAAAUCAAGAGGUGGACAGCAGUGAAGGAGAAGCCACAGCUAAGAAGUGGAAAUGUGCCUUCAUGGAGACCUCUGCUAAGCUGAACCACAAUGUGAAAGAGUUAUUCCAGGAAUUGCUAAACUUAGAGAAACGCAGGACUGUGAGUUUACAAAUUGAUGGCAAAAAAAGCAAACAGCAAAAAAGGAAAGAGAAGCUGAAAGACAAAUGUGUGAUGAUGUGAAAUUACACUAUCAGGAGUCAGUAAUGCAGUCUCACCUCUUACAAUAUUUAUGUGAAAUCUAUAGACAGGAAAUAACCAUGUAAGACCCUAUUUGUUAGUAUCUGAUUUAAAAUAAAUACUUGGAAUUUUAAAAAAUUAGUUACUAUGGUUACUGUGAAAAAAAGCCAACAAU